UCUCCUCCUCCUCGCCAGGCCCGGCGCGUGAGGCGAGCUCGCGACAGAGCCCGGGCGGAGCAACCUUGGGGCGGCUGUUGCUGCUGGGCGAGGUGGCGGCGCAGAGGAGGAAGAAGCAGCCGCAGCAGCAGCCGCAGCAGCAGUGGAGUUGGAGGAAGCAGGAAGAGCGGCGGGAGCACCGGGCAGGGCGGGCGCCGGACGUUUCUACUUUUGCGCCCGGGGGUCCCUGCGGCCGCGGAUGUUGCCUUCACCGAAGCCUGCGCCAAGAAGAGUCGGCUCCCCUCCCCCGCCGUGCUCAGCGCCAGGCAGCCGAGGGCACGCGGGCCUUGCAAGAGCCCACCCUCGCAGUGCCUUGGAGUGAACGGGGGAGAGGAGCCGCUCGCCUUGCCUUGCCCUGGACCCAGUGGAGAGGUUGCCGGGUAACGAAUUCCAGUUAACCAAAAUAUUGGAAGGUGGAAAAGAUUAGACUUUUGGUGACUAAAAGAUGUGCCAUGGAAUGGUAGCGACAAAAAGCACCCCGACUUCACUGCUUGCCUUGUUCAGUCAUGGGUUACUUUUUCCGCUGGUCAUCUUCAGUACUCCUGGGGCAGAAGGACUGGUCUCAUCUUGUCCACAGCCACCAGCACCGGAGAAUGGAGGUUAUAUAUGCCAUCCAACACCCUGCAAAGAUCCACUGACAUCUGGCAGUGUCAUAGAGUAUCUCUGUGAAGAAGGUUUCAUGCUGAAAGGAGACUACAAAUACCUGACCUGCAAGGAUGGAAAAUGGGAUCCAGUAAUGGAGGUGACUUGCAGGCUCAGCCAAGAUAAAGAUUCUCCUCCAAGUAUAGGCGUGCCCACUCUGUCCAUAGUGGCUUCCACAGCAAGUUCAGUGGCCCUCAUUCUUCUCCUAGUUGUACUGUUUGUUUUGCUGCAGCCAAAGCUGAAGUCCUUUCAUCACAGCAGGCGUGAUCCAGGUGUUUCUGGAGACCAGGUUUCCAUCAUGGUGGAUGGUGUUCAGGUGGCUUUGCCAUCCUAUGAAGAAGCAGUUUAUGGCAGCGCUGGGAACUGCAUCCCUCCCUCAGAUUCACGGGUACAGAUUGUACUGUCAGAGGGAGCUGGGCAGAGUGGAGCAAGUGAGAUGCAGCAGCCCCCACUGGACCAAGCCGAUUGUGACUGCUUUGCUGGGGAGGAUGAAGUCCCUGGACACUCUGGACUAUGUGAAGCAGGCAGUUCUCACCGCUCCGAGGCUGUUCUAGUGCAUCAAGCCACCUCCUCCUCCUGGGUAGCUGGUAUGACUAGUAGUAGAUCAGGGCACAAAGGAGCUCCGGAUUCAGAAAGCAGUGAUGUACAAAGCCUUCUAUCGCUCACUUCCUCAGAGGACUACACAGAUGAUAUUCCGUUGUUGAAAGAAGCAUGAGGUCUGUUGGAUUUGUCUAGCCUUUUCUCUCCAUUUCUACGCUCCUCCUUGGGAUGGUGAGCACUCAGUGCUAGCUCCCCCUACCCUCCCAUGCUGUGCUUUGAAAACCUCCAAGAAAACGCUCCUUAGCUGAAGAUCCAAAGGGUGCCACCAGGAUGUCUCCUUGAAGCACCACGGGGAUGUGCAAGGUGCCAUCUUUCAUCCUCCACCUCCUCCCAGUUCCAUCGGCCUAAAAUGAGGAGGCAAAGGUUCAUGGACUUGAGCACCUGCUGCCUCUUCCCUGUCCUCAGCCAGAUGUUUGUGUAGUCUCUGGAGAGCUGCUGUUCACUUGUGCCUUGCUCCUUCUCACAAUGGCUUAUGGCGGCUUCUCAUAGGCCUUACUUAGCUUCUGGACUUCUGCACAGAAACGCGGAGGCCAAAAAUUGCUUGCUUUGUUGGGUGCAAAUAGUGUCCUUCCAUUUAUCUUAUAGAAGGCAAGACAGAACUUGUGUGGAUGGGCUGAGAGAGAAGAGAGCCUGCCACAGCUCUUGAGGUCUUUUCUGAAUUAUAUAACUACCCCAUAUUAUAGCUGCACAUCAACAUGGGCUUGGUUGAAAAGGAUUCACAACUAGCCAACUUAAGGGCAAGACCCAGAACUGACAAGCUUGGGCUGCUACUUUUUCUUUAUUUCCCAGUGAAAAGAGAAUAGAGCACCCCUGCUAGGACGAAAUAUCUGUACCUCUGCAAGUUUCCCUUUUUUAAAACAAAAAAGUUCUUUGUUCAUUCAUUAUAUUAAUCUCUGAACGUCAUUGAGGACUAAAAUUUGGAGCUUUGUCAAUACACAGAACUUGGAGCAAUUUAUUUAUCCUGCAUAAAACAUAGGAGCACCUGUGUGUGUGAGCUCAUGUGGAGAACAGAAUGAUUGCCCUUCUUUUAGGGGAGCCUCCCCAUCAGCAAUACUAUGGCAGAACCCUAGCUAAUCCAAAGCCUUCCAUCUUUCCAUUUGUGUAGAGUCCCGUCAGUGUGCUGUGCCACCUUGUAUUGCGUUCAGUGCUGUAGCUGCACCUUUUGCUUCAAGCCACAUUAAUCGGAAAGUCAUUUUGCAUUUCUGUUGUCCCGUCUCAUAUUUUUUAGUAUGGGCUUUUGUGUGUGUCUCUCUCUAACCUAUCAGAAACCAAGUUGACGGGGGGGAAAUCUAGUGUGCUUGUAACUGGUGUGCCUGAUUGCCUUGAAUAAAUUAGUUAUAGUCUGCCUUAAUAAUUUUGAAUGGAAAGAGCCAUGCUGCUGCCUUGCCUGAUGGAAGAACCACCUCACUCCCUUUUUAGCAUUGCACACUGCUUCUGCUUCCCUAUGCAGGGAGCAUGAUUGCUGGCUGUCUCCUCUUUUGACCCAAGCAUGCUGUUCUCUUUUUGUUUGGCCUCUGUGGACAAUGGACAAAUCACUGCAGGUUCUAAUGAUAUUCAGGAUUAUGAAUUCUCAGCCUUCCUGAAUGAACUUUUUGGUAGCUGUAAACCCUCUCUAGCUUCUGGUGGCAUGGUUGAGGUAGUCCUAAAGGAUAGGGUGCAGUGUCUAAAUACAUACCAUGGAAUGUAACUUCAUUCCAAUGGUCACACCACUCUUAAUUUGCAUUCUUCAUUCAGAUGGGAUGGUUCAUAAAUUGUUGUGCUAUAUUAAAAUCCUUGAAAUUAUACUUUGGCAGCUGAAUCUGUAGUAUGGAUUUCCUCCAUGAUGUGGUCAUUAGCAUAAGCCGUCUGUGUUUUAUGCUCUGCACCACUGGGAAUUCCUUGGACAGCUUAGUCAUUAAACACCUAUGUGAAGCCAUUCACUUUGACUUGGGCCCUAAUUCUGGCAUUGACAUAUUAGCUGACCUGCUUGAAAAGUAGUUGGCUUGAAAAACAGUUGUGAGCAUGUCAGACUAGGAGCUAGGAUGACUGGGUUUGAAUGCCUACUCUGCCAUGGAAGUUUAUCAUCACAAUCAGGUUUGGGAGGGAAGAAUGAUGCAGGAAGCUACUUUGGGUCCAGAUUAGUGAGAAAAGCGGGAUAUAAAUUUUAAAAAUAAAUGUUUUAGAAUAGUUGAGACUGAGCAUUUCUAAGCAAUUUGCCUUUUAAAAUAUAAACUGGAAGAUUGAGGAAUGAAAAUAUGGGCUGAUUCCUAUUCUGGCUAAGAAUGUGAGCUCCUGGUUGUUUAGUAUUCUCUAGUUCUUAAGUUAAUUUAUGGAAGGCAGGGAUAGCAUUAGCCACUGGGUACAGUGCUCAGGUUUUCUGUGCUUAUUGCUUAGACUAGAAGUGAGUGGAAUAUUCUGUGAUAAUUUGUUGAAGCAUAUGAGAGCUACUGAAUUUGGCUGUGUUAGUGCCUAAUAAUUCAUCUUCCAGCCUUGUGUACAGAAGGCUGGGUGCUGGAAGCAUCCUGUCUUCUCUGUGAUUUGAAAAAAGGGUGGUCUUUGGUUUCUGCAGGCUGGCCUUGACUCUUAAAUGCUAGGACAAUACCUCAAAUGUCUUUUUGGUCUUUCCAUUACUGUACCAGGGUGUUUGAUCAUAUGAAGUUGUCUUUAUGCUGAGUCAGGCCAUUGGUACAUCUAGCCCAGUACUGUCAUCUUUGACUAGAAGAGGUCUUUCCUAGCCCUCCUUCUUGAAAUCUUCCUUCCCCUUUAGACCGGACAUGCCAGAUAUUGAACUUGGUGUCUUCUGCAUGCAGAACAUGUCAACUACCAUUUAGCUGUAGACCCUCUGUUAAUCAGCUCAUUUAGAAGUAAACAUGGUAGCUUUGAAAAAAGAAAAAAAACAGUGCUUCCUUUCCAUGAAUUGACUAUUCAUUUACCAUAAGGAAACUUACCACAGUGAGCGAGCAACUACUUCAUCAGCCAGCUGUACAUAUUGUGCUGCCAAAGGGUGAGAAUGUAAUCAUUCUUCUUGUACCAGAGAAAUCUAUAAAAUAUAUGAAAUAAUAAGAUUCCCCUCACUCCUUAGUCAAUUACCUUGCUUACCAUGUCUUUUAGUGAACCCAUGAUAAGAUACCAUAUGACAAAUAGUUACUGGAAUGCUCCAUACUUACUGUUUUAUGUACAACCCCAGUAUUGCAACAGUGUCUUCUGGAACAGCUGAUGAUUAAACUGGAGUACCGCAUGAGAGAAUCUGUGAGGCAGGAAAAUCUACAGCUUGACACUUGAGAGUCUAUGCGACUCAAACAAAGCAAGAUUUUCAUGUUCCCCACUUUAGUGUCCAGCUUUGAAGUUAACAUUCAUGUACAAUAAGCUAGGAUGGGGAAGAGGACUCUCUGAGGACCUUUUUCAUUUUUAAAUUGCAUAUAUCUCUUUGAAAAUCUGAAAAGAAUACACAAAACAAACCACAGACGGAGGUGUAACUGGAGCAUGCUAGAUGUCUGGAUGCAGGCUGCAUCACUAAAUUCCUGACUAGAGUGACUUUCCACAAUACAGCUUUAAGCUCUUUUAAGACUUUCUGUAUGUAACAGGAGGUAUUGAUGCAUGUUAUAAGCUGCUUGUGUCGCUUUAAAAGUGUCUAUUAUUCCAUCCUGCCCACUUUGAUGAUAAACACAGGAAAUGUGUACAUAGAUACCAUGUGAGAAUUGUCCCUCAAUUGCUGGGGGUAAGGAGCACAAAACAUACAGCUUGAUUCAACUUUUCGUACGCUUUCUGUGGCAGUCUUUGUGGAUGCUUCAUACCACAAUAAGUGACUGUUUGUUGACACCAGUGACUAACAUGUCAGAAGUACAACUACUUUGCUGCACAGUAUUUGUCGUAAUAUUUAAAUCUACUUUGGUAUGUGGGAGAGCAUUCCUAAGGCCAAAGACACUCAUAGUAAUUGCAGUAAAAGAAUAGCACAUGCACAAUUCAUGUUAGCAUCACACAGUAUCGAAUUCCUGUUGGGGAGUGUGUCCACAACAAAGGCUACUGUUUAUCGUUGAUGACCCUUGCUGCUCAGUGUCAGAUGGAGUUGGCAGACCCUGGGAGCAGAUAGCUGAAUAAGGACAUUAUAGGUUUGUUAAAGUUUUAAUUGUCUUUCAGAGAUGAGAUGCACCCACAGAAGACUCGCAUUGUUCAGAGUUAAUCAAUCUGGCCAAGAGUCUGGGCCAAUUUGCAUUUUUCUUGGAGCUGUGUGUAGUGACACAAAAUGUAAAGGGCUGUGAUGUGUCUGUAAGCAUGUAGUGGAUACCUGCCAGAUGCUGUGAACAACAGCAGCUCUCGAACUCUUGUGUACUGGAUGUACCAAGUGGGAGGUGCAGUGUCUACCCUUCACACGCUUUACAUCAUUUACUGUAAUCACAAUGCCUUGUCAAAGCAUGGAUUAGCUUUUAUUCUCUUUCUUGCUUUAUAGUAGCAACACAUAACAUGCCCAUAAAGGGCCCUGCAUACUCAAGUUCUUCAUGGGUAAUUUUGUAUGAAUCCUGCUUCAUAUGGAUUUUUUCCAGGGCUUCAUUCCUCUUUGCCUGGGUGUGUUUUGUUCUUUGAUUUUGAACUUGGCCACCUUUGUCACUUUAUUACAGUGUCAGUUCUUGCUCCAAGGAGAUGUGUGUAGAAAAAUCAGGCAUUUCUGUGUUUAUAUAUACGUAUGUACGUAUCUUGAGAGCUUGCCAUUGACUUCUUUCCUAAUGAGAAUGAGACUUCUCAUUAGAAGCUGAUGAGGAUUUUGUUCUGCUGGAAAUGUCAUGGUUUGCUUUUCUACCCUUUUGUUUGGAAGCUCAUGCCGUACAGACCAAACAUCCCAUUGAAAUAGAUGCACGCACACAAUUACACAGUGGGCAGGCUGCUGGUUGGUAGAGAUGCAGAUGCACGGGGGAGAACCUGGUUGCCUUCAGUGCUCUUUAUUUGUUUGUAAUUUGAGUUGCACCACUUUGGGAUUAUUUGCAGAAUGGUACUCUUAUAUAUGUGGGAUUUAAAAAUACAUAAUUAAUGCUGUGCAGGAUGUCAAUCAGUUUUAUUUUGCUUUAUUUUAUAUAUAUAUAUUUUCUGGUAUCCUGUACAUUGCGGUGGGUGUGAAGAUAGUAUUUUAAUAUUUGUAUAAAGUUUAAUUUAAUUUCAAUUGUUCUAUGUAUAUAACUGCAUUUCUAAAUUAAAAAAAUCUUUUGAAGUGAA